CUCCCCGCCCCCUCUGUGCUCACUGCUUUAGGAAACGUGGCCUUAGCGAGUCUCCGGCUGCACCGUUGUAGAUGAAUGAGCGACAGCCUCAGCUUCCACCUCUAUCCGGUCUACCAGUCUGUACCACAGCACCAGCACCGCCCGCGGUCCCCUGAAAGCCCGUGUCUGAAGAACCAUGUCUGAGGCAGAACCAGUCCCGGACUCGGCCCCGGAGGCCGCCGCCGCUGCUAUCCUGGACGCCCUGAACGCCACGGACUCCAACGGGACCGAGGUGCUCAACGUAACGGCUAAAUUCGUGGCCACCCCGGAGGGCACGGCGCUGGCAUACGGCAGCCUGGUGUUCAUGGCGCUGCUGCCCAUCUUUUUCGGAGCCCUGCGGUCCGUCACCUGCUCCAAAUCUAAGGAGCUCGGAGACAAUGAUUACGAUUCUGGGUUCAGAAAUUCAGCAGACAUGCCAGAGACGAUCACCAGUCGAGACGCAGCGAGGUUCCCCAUCAUCGCCAGCUGUACUCUGUUCGGGCUCUACCUCUUCUUUAAGGUAUUUUCUCAAGAGUACAUCAACCUGCUGCUGUCCGUCUACUUCUUCGGCCUGGGCGUCCUGGCUCUGUCUCACACUAUGAGUCCUCUGAUGUCCAGAAUCUUUCCAGCUUCUUUCCCAAAUAAACAGUACCAGCUGCUCUUCACUCAGGGCUCUGGAGAGUCCAAAGAAGAAAUAGUCAACUAUGAGUUUGACACCAAGAACCUGGUGUGUCUGCUCAUCAGCAGUGUGGUGGGAGUCUGGUACCUGCUCAAAAAGCACUGGAUAGCCAAUAACCUGUUUGGCCUGGCGUUUGCGCUGAACGGAGUGGAGCUGCUCCACCUGAACAACGUCAGUACCGGCUGCAUCCUGCUGGGGGGGCUGUUCGUCUACGACGUCUUCUGGGUGUUUGGAACAAACGUGAUGGUAACAGUCGCCAAGUCCUUCGAAGCACCAAUCAAAUUGGUCUUUCCUCAGGACUUGUUGGAGAAAGGACUCGGAGCCAGUAACUUUGCCAUGCUGGGUCUGGGUGACAUCGUCAUCCCGGGUAUAUUCAUCGCCCUGCUGCUGCGCUUCGACGUCAGCCUAAAGAAGAACAGCAGGACGUAUUUCUACUCCAGUUUCCUGGCCUACAUCUUCGGACUGGGCCUCACCAUCUUCGUCAUGCACACCUUCAAACACGCACAGCCCGCUCUGCUCUACCUGGUCCCGGCCUGCGUCGGCUUCCCCGUCGUCGUAGCGUUCUGCAAAGGAGAGCUCACGGAGAUGUUCAGGUAUGAGGAGACUCCUCCUGAGGAGGAAGGGGCUAAACAGGAUUCUUCAGAAUCAGAGAAGAAGGACCAAUAGCAUCCAUCGCUGCCCCUCCCCGCCGCCCUCACUUUUCAUGCAACCUGCUGCCGCCACAUUUCACUGAAGCCCCUCCCUCUCCCGCCUCUCCAGCUUCCUGUUCGUGGCCGGGGAGGGGGGGGGGGCUCAUGUAGCCAACGCGUUUGUCUCUGAUAACCAUGGGAACAGCCGCUGGUCUCGGUGUUAACGUCUGCUGUCGUGCUACCGGUGGCGGUGUUUAUAAUUAAAGGUUGUUUGGUUACAGCAGUCCGGACUCGGUGCCUACGAUGAUUCCUCCCUCCGUCUGUCAGCUGCUCUCACACAGGAACACGAACCGACAGAUGACCUGUGUGCGCGCAGCUCACGCAGACACGCCAGGAAGCAGUUAAAUGUCUGCUGUUUGAAGGAGCGUUUGUUUUAGCCCUGAAACAGCCUCAAAACAUCCCACGGUACAACAAACGCUUCUGUCGCUGUUCCUUUUUUUUUUUUUUACUUCCUUUGUCUUUAAAGCCGCCAAACAAAGACCCACCACUCAUUCACAUCAUCCCAGGUGUGGUUCUGCGUCUCUGGAUGUCUUCACUUCCUGGUUUAUGUGGCGCCGGGCCGCCAGUCACUCUGCCUCCUGCUUUCACUUGCUUUUGCUUUACCUUGUUUUAAUUUUUAAAGGCCAGAAUUUUAAGAUUGAGGAAACAAUAAUCCAGUUAUUUUAGACAUUGAGUCGUCCAUUUGUGAGAGCUGGACUGUGUUGUUUGUCCCAGCUGCUCACCGGGACCUCACGACACCGUUAAUAACCGUCGUACCUGAGAGGCGGUGCAGGUGUGGAUGUUUCAGAGCGUGUGUAAAUGAAGGUUCUAAUGGUCAGCGGCUGUAGUAGCAAACCAAAAGGGACCAAAUGUUUUCCCUAAGCUCAGCGUCUUUUCUAUUAGUCCUUAUUAUUAUCUGACCGGACGGGACAGGUGAGCGUUUACCUGCCUGGUGACCGAUCCUACACCUGUUUUCAGUCUUAAAGUUCUGGCCUGAGUGAGGGGGGGGGGAGUAAAGGGAGGAGGAGGCAGACUGAAGCUCCUCUGCUGAAUAUUUCCAGUCCUUAUUCUUGGAUCGUAUUGGUGGAGAGGCUGCGAGGGGCGGGGCCCUGCAGCCCCCUCUCCCAAUAAGCUGUGAGAAUGAGCCGAGGCGACAGAAGCUUAAGGGUCUGUGAGGUUGCGAUCUGGGUUUGAACAAGCUCGAGUUUCUCUGAUCGGACGUUUUAAUUGUUUAUUAUUUGUUAACUUUUUAGCUAAUUGAUUUGUUGUCACCGCUCUCCAGCCACUUUUUUUUAUAUUAUUAAUAAUUGUAAACUGAAUUAUUUUGGUGUUGGACUGUUGGUUACACAAAACAAGACGUUAUAUCGACUAAACAAUUAAUCGAUCAGAUUGUCUUCAGAUUAAUUAAUCAACAAUUAAAAUAUAAAAUUAAGGAAAACCUUAUUUUUCACCUACAAAGAAACUGUUUACUUUUUGUUUCAGAGAGCUUUGAAAUUAAAGACGGAUCCGAUCAGGGACGCUUUGAGUUCAACGUCAACUCUUAACAUCAGGAAACAAAAUAGAAAUGUUCACCUGUGAUUCUGGAAGAGACUAACAAAAAUCAGCUCCCACACGCCGACAACAAACAUCGCUCGACUGAAACAAAGCUAGUCAAUAAAUUUAGAAGUAUCAGCAGGUUCUCAAGAGACAGAUGAUGAUCUGAUCUUGAUGUAUAAAACUGGUGAAGAUGCCCCUUUUUAUUAAAUUUGAAUUUAAAGUCGUCACUUGUCAGAAGAAGAUUGUGACUUUCCGCCUCAAAGUAUCACCUCUGUCACAGAACUUUUCAUUAUUCUAUAAAGAUUUAAUGGCAUUCUAGGAAGUAAAGUCUUUGAAAAGUAGGACAUUUAACUUUUUCUCCAGGUCACCGUUUAAUAUUCACAAACAUCGGGUGUGUUUUUCAUUAUGACGUUUUCCUCCCAUAUUAAAAAUGAAAAGAUCUCUAAGUUUUUGUACGCUUGAGUCGAGCUGCUCUGACUGGACUUAUUCAGCGUCACGUUGUUAUUCUCGAUGUUAUUGAUGUUGAUGCUUUAUUAAAAGGUGCACAGUUUUGUAUUUUGAUGUAAAAAAACAAAUAGAAGUAUCAUUAUAUAUACAGCUCUGUGACGUUCAGUAGCCCCUCAUCAUCAUGUUAAAUAUAACGUACCUGAAAUGUUUCUUUCUCCUUCUCUCUGGAUGUUUUAUGGCCCCGACUGUAUCUAUUUUUAUUUGCAAUAAACAUUUUGGUGUUUUUAUCACCGUAGCAUAA